UCCUUCCGCUGUUCAAAUUAGCACAGAGCGCGCCCCCAGGGUUUAGCAGUUCGGCUAACUUAACGCAAAUUAUGUAAAACCAUACUGUGUCGCCAGUAUAAAAAGCCAGACGUGCAAGGUCCAUGCGUGGUACAGAAAGGGAAUUGUUGACAGAUGUUCCACUUAGUGUGUAGCUCAGCGGACCCUCAGCUGGCUGUUAUCUGCUCACUGCUCGCCAAACCAAUAUGGCUGAUGGUUAUGAUAUCGUAACCGCCCAAGAAGAAGACAUAGGAAGAAUUGCCGAAUUCUUACGCCGUCAUUUCUAUUCUAACUCUCCACUUAACUUAGGCAUUGGAGCCUCACCUGAUCGGAAGAUUAGCGAAAUGUUUCCUCUACAGUACCUGUCGGAAGGGACAUCUCUAUUAGCUGUUUCGCGAAAUGGUCAACGUAUUCUCGGCGCCUGCGUCAACGGAGAAAAUAGUCCAGUUGACCGAAAACACACCGAAUAUUUACAAUCGGUCAGUAAUGAAACUCACGCUAAAAUUAAUGAAUUCGUGCAGAAAAUGGAAGAUGAUGUUGAUAUCUGGAAACUUACUGGUGCUAAUCGUGCGCUGUAUAUUCAUAUACUGGCAGUAGAUCCCGCCGCCAGAGGUCAGGGAAUUGCAACGACCCUCAUGGAGAAAACCCGAGAAGUAGCGCGCUCUAGUGGUUAUCCAUUGCUACGCAUCCUUUGUACCAGUAAAUACAGCAUCAAAAUAGCGCGCAACAUGGGCAUGCGCAGUGUUUGCACUCUGCCGUUCUCCGAGUAUAAAGAUGAGAACGGGCACCCUGUAUUUACACCACCACAACCCCACACACAUGCAGAAAUGUUCGUUCUGAAACUUGACACUGAUACUUAUUAAGCAUGAUGCAGGUCAUCAGUUAUCGCCUCUUCCAGAAAUUGACCUUCCACCUUGAAAGAGGUUUAUGUUCUACAAUGACAAGUAACUAAAAUAUUCUUAUAUAAAACUGUGUAUUAAAUACUGCAGUACCUAAACUCUGUGUAAAAAUCCAGUCUAAAUAAACACUUAAGUAUCCCUACGAAAUAUUUACGCAUCUGAAGGAUCCUAUCUUCUGGGAUAUAAAGCCGUGUACUCCGGUGUAAGUACACUGACGUUUCGGAAGAACCUAUCGCCUCCAUCUUAAAAGUUCUAUCCCCUGGCAUAUAAAGAUGCAUAGUCUAGUGAAAGUCAACUGAUGUUUCGGAGGAAUAAAUGCCUUCCAUCUUAAAGGUGGAAGAGUAAGGAAGUAAGAAAGCAGUGUGAAGUAAUCUGUCCUUGCUGCCUGAUUCAUCUUGGUUUCUUGUCUGGCUUAGUCUUCGAUCCUAAAGAUUAAAGAGAUAUGUUCCUUCGAAACGUCGGGUAAUCUUCACUGGACUACUCGGUGUUAUAUGUCAGAAGAUAGAACUCUUCACAAUUCCCGCUGUGACAUCAGUUAAGGUAGGCCAAUAUGGAUAAACAGAUAUAAUUUCCUGAUAAAACUAAAUAAUUAACGUGAAUUAUAACUGAUAGAAGGUGUAUGCUUACGAGCUUUCCUAUUUCUUAGGUUUCGCCUUCCUUCCAUGGAGUACAUUUGAAAUCAACACAAGGAUUACAAUAUGAUUCUAAAUUAUUGUCGGUGUUUCCGUAGCCUAUAGUUUUCAAAGCGGAAGCAAUAAAAUAAAACUGCUUACGGAAUAUUAAAAUAUAACUCAAAAGUUUUAUUUACAAAUGCUCGCAAACCUUUUGAAUUACACUUUAGUAUUCCAUAAGCAGUUUAUUUUUUUGUUUGAAAAUUAUAGGCCACCAAAACUCGGACAGUAAUUUAGAAUCUCCUUGCAUAUUUAUAAACACUCUUAUAACAAUGUUAUUGUUUCCUGAGAUUGGAACAUGAUGCCAUGCAGUCUAGUAGAAAUUCACACAUGUUUAGGAGGAAACUGUUGCUUCAAUCAUCAGGGUAAAAGUCAGCCAUACGUGGAAGAAAGUGUUGCAGUUAUUUGGAGAGGAACAGCAGCAAUGGGAGAAUUGAACGAACCAAUAGAAGCAAGGAGAAUGGGAGAAUUGAGCGAACCAAUAGAAGCAAGAAGAAUGGGAGAAUUGAGCGAACGAACAGAAGCAAGGAGAAAGGGUGAAAUAAUCUAUGGUUCAUGAAAACGACCUUUUGUGAGAAUUCUUCAGAUUCUUCGAUAAAUGUGUACCAGACUGCACGGCAUCAUCAUCCUGGAAGGAAGUAAUCUUCGUAGUUAACGCAACGAGGACCUCAGCUGUUAGAAUCAUCUAUGAAAUAAAUCAGAGCUACUUGUAGUUGGUCAGAUCAAUGGGAGACGCAACAGGCCAACGGGCCGACUGCUCGAAGGAGGUGGAAGGUGGAGGGGGGGGGGGUUCAUUAGUGAAGUUUAAAUCCCUUGCACGUUUCUGCAGCGCAGAAGCCUCCCGAUUAUCCGGGGUGGAUGGGAAGUGAAUUUCCCCUAGUAAACGGACACCCCGGACAAUCAGCAAUACGUAACUAUUUUGAUAUGCGACAUCUCUACAACUAUUCUCGUGUUAAUAAUGACCUUCAUGAGAGCGUCAUUCUGUACACUGUAUACGAGGUAAUUUACUUUAUUUCGGCCCAAAUGGAUCAUAUUCAAGAGGCAUAUAUUUAAAAAAAUGCUUUAAAAUUUUAAUAUAUAGCAUUUUUUCUAAUAUUACAAAAUUACGUUUAGGGAAACGUGUGGGACACGACAGUUAUUGUACAGGGCAAUUCUAAAUUAUUGUAGGUGUUUCCGUUUAUAGGCCACUGAAACCCAGACAAUAAUUUAGAAUCACUCUGUACAUUCUUCUUGCUUAUUAUCUGUCACUUCUUCUGCAGUCUCUGCAGAAGUUACGCGUGGCAAUCAGUUGGCAAUGCAACUUGUACAACAAUAACAAAAAAAAAUUAUACUAUGCCUUCUGAAGAUGGCACAUAUGGGUCGAAAACAUGAAGAUAAUAAAUCAAUAUACCUAUUCUACUGUGGAUCCAGAGAAAUAGCCGUUGCUAGCGAACGGCUCUAAAAUAUCAUUUGUUUCUAGGCAACGGCCGCGAAACAA